AUGCUCCCGCGAGUGUCCGGGAACACGGUGUCGCAGGAUGAGUCAGAGGCUUUCCUCCGAUUAAUGAACGAAGAUAGUACCAUCUAUAUCUGGACCUUGAAAUACAUUGAAGCCGAGGAGACAAAGGUCGCACCAAGAUUCGAAGCCACGCAACGACUAAGAGCCUUGAUCGAUACCCGUGUCAGUCGCAGAACAGGUUAUCUUGAAGCACUGGCCCAUUCGGUGCGAUCCGAUCCAAGAAAUGUAGCUCUGAUCGACAUAUCUAUGACUCAGAUGAGGAACCAUGAACAAGCACUGACGCUUGGCAUGAUCAUUACGACUCCUUCUAGAUAUUUGGGUCGCUCGUUCAGACAUCAUCUUGAAGGGAGAAUGCAUUAUCGGGUGCAACUUCGGGAAGAUGUAAAUUGGAUGCUCGGAUUGCCAAUCCUCUCGGAAAGGCAGCGGUCUCGAGCUACAGGGCUAUUGUCAGAAUGUACCGCGUAUGCUGAUGGUCCAGACCCUUUUAUGCAGCUAGCAACACGUGCUCCACCAUCUGAAAGGCCUUCCAGGAGACAUGAUGGUUCUUCAGAAGAAAGGGCGACACCCAGAGGCCGUGAAGAUCGUGCCCAAGCUCCCAAAGCUCCCAAAGCCCCCAAAGUCUCCAAUCAGCAAGGAACAGCAACGGCUCCACCUUACCCACGAGGUGAUUUGAUUGACCUCGUGGCUAGCAAGAAAGCUAGUACGAAUCAGACACGAAACUUCCACAGCCAAGCUGUCCAUGAUGAAGCAUUUCAUCAGCAAGCCAUGGAGCGGCUCGAGAUAUACUCUGCUGCUUCGGAGGAAAAGAAACACAAAAAACUGAGAGCUGUCCUGGAGGGCGUCAAGAACGAUAGGAUGAAAUUGACCACAGCGGCAAGCAGUCGGCAAACUGGACAAACGGGAGAAGAGGGAGGUCAAAGCAGUGGCAGCCCAGCUCCAAAACAGCCUGCAGCAUCUACGAGACCGGUUCCAAGCUUAACGCGGGAGGAAAAGCUAGCUCAAGAAUAUCGACAAAACCUAGAUCGGUUGAAUCGACAUAUCGAAGAACUCGAAAGGGAUAGCGAAAUCAAGUCACUAAGUCAGGUCUCAGCAGAACUAAAACUUGGUAUCCGGACUAUGCGUCUCCAAGGUAUGCAGCAGUUGGCCACCACCAAACGCGCCCUCAUUGGCCAAGACGGAGCCGGUGCGCCCCGAGGCACUGCUGAAGCUAUAGAGGCAGUCGAAAGGAUCCCAAGCAAAGGCAAAGGCGGAGGAAGUAAGCGCGAGUCUAGCACGAGCCACAAGUUCAGUGGCAACAAGAGCAGCAUCCACGUCUCCUUGACGGACCCAGCGGAAGGGUGGAGGCCAAAGGUAAAUAACUGCAAUGGAUGCGGCCAGGGCGAAGUGGUCAACAGGACAAACCCGAAUGACACUCAAUCGACCAUUCAUCAUUUCCUAAACUCAGAGUCUGACCGUCUGUGGUGCUUCGAGCGGUAUGCGACGACAAAUUCUAGAGUCCACAUCUCUGAGAGCAUAUUGAAGGCCGAGCUCAAGACCUCGAACUCGGAAUCAGAGAUCUAA